GCACUAACUCGCACAUUAAGGAAGUUGAUCACUUUUAACAAGAAAGCUUUUCUGUUCAUUCGCCUACAUUUAACGAGUAAAUAAACUAGCUCUCAGUUGAGCAUCCACACAACUGUUAUAGUUCAAGUCAAGAUGUCUACACCUCGCUCUGUGCUAACAAUUGUGUUCACAUUGCUUGUGUUCCUUACAGUGGCUUAUGCACACCUGGAAAAGUGUGCAGUGCUAGAAUUUCUUCACCCGACAGAAAAUAUGUGUAUCAAGCAAAACGACUUCGUCAACCUGACCUUCUGGCUGAAUACUUCAGGCUGUGAGACAUCAAACACAGUCUACAGACUGUCAGUGAAAGUCAAAACAGACAAAAACAUCACCGAUGACGAUGGACGGUUAGCUGUGAUUAACGGCAGGUGUGACGUCACAACUGGAACGUUACUUCGCUGUGUCAGUCCAGCUGGUAACGUGGAGCUGUACAGCAAAGUGAACUCAUCGCAUAUAGAAACUGAAUGGAAAUGGUGGUGGAAAGAAAAUGGGUCGUUUACACACAGGAAUAAAAUAGUAAACGUAACUACUUGUGCGCUACCUAGAGUCACAAAUCUAACUUUUAACGGACAAGAGGGUAACGGCAGUUUUAUUAGCGACGUGGGUCAAAACAUCAGCAUCUACUGCGCCUUUGAUAAAGGAAACCCUCCCAGUAUCUUUCGCCUGUUAGACAGAAAUGGAGGUGAAAUAGAUGUUGCUAAAGAUGAAAGUCACAUCAUCCACUCGCUCUCGGCUGUUUCGUGUGAAGAGGACUGGCCAGUUGUUCGGUGUGAAGGAAACAGGUCUACAGAAAAUAAAUCUGUAUCAUUGCUUAUAAGAUGUCCUCCCCAGUUUGCUGACGUGGCUCCAAAAUUCGUGUAUCCAGAUGUAACUGAUCACGUGAUAUUCAAUAUCAAAGCCCACUCGACAACACUCAGUGGAUGUCUGUUGACCAGAGCCUCUAAAGAAGAAAACUGGAGACAAAAAGUGAACUGUAGUCUUCAUGGUAUUCCGCCUAACCUGACUUUAAACAUUAGUCUUCAUAAUGAGGUGAAGUCGAUUCGAGGCAGCUGGAUAUUAAAUGUUUCUAAUGAUAUAGGCAGUGGAGACAUCGUACUGACAUUUAUUACCACCUCUGGGACUACUUCAAGGCUCGUUGUAAUUAUCAGUGUGCUAUGCAGUGCUGCAGUUCUCACUGUUGCUGUACUUAUUGCUGUACUUAUUGCCAUUCAGAGGAGCAAAAAGCAAAAAGAAGGCAAAAGGACCAGGCUGUCUGCAAGCAACAUGGAUCACGCAAGAGAAAGUAUGAUCGUGAACGAUUUAUACCAAACCAUCUCAGAUGGAGGGCAUGUGUCUGUUGUCCCUGUGAGAAAUGACAGUAACAGGAGUCCUACAAACCAAGAUCUUGUAUUUUUGUCGAGACCUGCUUUGACCAAACUGGAUGUACCAACACUCCCUCUUCACUCAGAACCCAGUCCUGGCCAGUGUAAUGAAGGAGAAACCAUGCCUACAACUCCUGACCACGUGGCAUACAGCGACACCUACGUCGUAGCCGCAGAUGUUCGUAAAAAAAAGAAACUAAAGAAAAAUGAUAUUUCGCCACAUGGAACAAACACAAGUACCUAUGUCUCCAUUCGUGAUGUACAGGGGAAAAAGCGACUGAAGAAACAUGACUGUGAAAGUCCUGAUGAUGAACUCUCUGGGAACAUCGCCUCCACAAUGGCGAUGGAGGAGGAACCUACCUCUCGUGGCAAGAAUACAAAGGAACUGAUAUACGGAGACUUAGACUUCUCACAUGUGACAGGGACGGACAUCAUCUGUGAUUCUUAUGGAGAGACAGAAUACACGGACAUCAACCACACCGCCAUCGCCCCAUCACAUCCACAUUGAGACUACAAAACGAAGAAAACGGACAAAAAAGAGUGUCCAGAAAAGGUGUUUUUAAAGGAGGAUAGUGUGAACAAGUAGAAGAAGAAUCAAACAUUUUAAUAGAUUUUUCUCUUCGUAUGGACAUAGAAAAUAAGAUAGCCUCUAAUGAAAUGAUAAUGUAUUGAUUAUCGUAAUACAAAAAUUACUCUACAUCAAAAUUUCUUAUUAAGUGAAUAAUUUAUUAUUUACAUUCUUACUUUAAAAAGGCAUUCAGUAACAAACUUAUCUAAAUAAAUAUACAUAUACAACCAGCAGUGUUCA